GGACAAUUAUUAUGCUCCGUUGGUUUCUUGCUGCUGAAUUUUGCUUGGGGCGCCGCAACUGCACAUCUUUCCAAGGAUGGACUAAGGGAUGCGCCUGGAUUCUGGUGCACUGCUUCUUCUUUUUCAGGUGGAGGUGACCUGUUGAGACAUCUACAUGCUUUGGCAGAAGCUGAAUCAAAAAUUAACGAGCUCCUUCCUCAUCAUAGAAAGUUCAAUGACCUUAAAACGCAGCUGGAGCUCAAAUUACAUGAUGUCUCACUCUCGGAAAACAGAGCUAAGCAAAAUGAGCAUCAUAAGGUGAUGCAGCUAAGCGAGUUGGUUAAGAAGAUCGAGGAGGAGCUUGGAGCAGCAAAAUCAGCCAUAAAAAAGAAGCAGCUUUUGUGUCUUCUACAAAACAGGAUCAUGAUAAUGUCCAAUCCUAACUCAAUAUUGCCGGAAGGAAGAUACAAAAAUGCGCUACAAAUUCCUGUUAUUGCCGAGAAGCAGCAGGGAAUUCAAUACAUGAUUAGUGAGGCCAACGUAGUGAGAAAAGGAUUGGAGAAUAAACUAAUUUGUUUUGUU